AUGUUGUUUUCGCCGGCGAAGAUGUGUAUUGUGUUAUUGCUUCUGGUGCUGUGCGGACCGGCAACAGGUGCCGCCGCCCAGGUUGACGUGCACGUUGUCAACCUCACCGUUGUGGCCGUCGGGUGGCCGAGAACAGUCGAAGAACUGUCGCAUUAUACGAAAACUGUGACGUCUGUUGUCUGCGGCCCACUGGCCAGCGCCGCCGCCGCCGCCAACCGAACUCCAAUCCCGUGCGGCGGCCUACUGGCGCCAGUAGGUGAAGAACAACUUUCAGUGCAGGUGUCUGCGUCGACGGCCUCCCCGGGGAAUGCAUUUCUGGUGCGCCGCACAUUCUGGGACUGGGCGCAAACCAGUGCCCCCGCCAUGCUGGAGGCCCUCACCAAUGCCGUGUCCGCCGUUGCACCGACGCCACUGUCGACGCUCUCGAAGGUGGCCGGGGUUUACACGGUGCCGUGCCGCAGCAACGCUGGCUCGGCGGUUCUCCCACUGUGUGAGACCACGAACAACUGCCUGACGUCCAUUAUCGUGGAUGGGUUGGAGGAGGAUGUGAGUAGCGUGUUCUGCGGCUACGUCCCCAGCCCAUGCGGCUCUUACAUCGCGGCGAAAAUGCUCUCUUCAGACCAGGUGCUGGUGAACAUCACCAAUCUUCCGAACACACUCGAAGUGGCCCUUCUGUUCAUGGAUCAGGUGCGCAGCUCUGUUCUGCACGCCAGUCGCAUUCAACUCUACUCGGAUGGCCAGUUGGCGCUAAUUUACGCUACAGACGAGAAUGAAUUGUACGAUAAAGGCAUCAAGGUGCUGCCGCAGUGCGGUGUCGAGACGGCGCUGUGGAUGCUCUCGUUUAUUGCCCUUAUUCCCAUACUGUUUCUUCUAUUCUGCUACCUUUGGUGCAUGGGGCGUCAUCACGCAAAGAAGUUGGAGCGGAAGGCCAUCGUUGAGGAUGAACUGCGGGCUCAGGGCAUGAGCGACGCUCAGGGGGCGGCGGGGAGUGCGCCGGGCGCACAGCGAUUCGCGACCUACGCCAGUGACUACCCACAAGAAAUGUCUGCAAGCCAGGUGAGGCCAGAGCAACAGCAAACGGAUGCGUAUGGAGGCUACAACCAGUUCGUCGCUGGGGAGAACUUUGCGUACCCGCAGGAAGUCGCUGAUGACGCGCAACGAGAAGGCGAUGCGGUAAAUGACGUGUAUGCACAGCAGGCGUACAAUGAAGUGGAGGAAGCCGCAUUUGGCGACGAGUACGUGGAGCCCAGUCUCGCAGCGACUUAUCAAGACGGUGGGAUGCGUGUUGAGGAGAGUCAGAGUCAUGCGCCCACGCGGUUCUCAAGUGAGGAGGAGUCCAGGCCGGUAGAGAAGGCGGGGUAUGAGGGGAGCGGGCGGGGCACGGCAUCACUGCGUGGCCGCACCUCCGCCCAAGUUGCCCCUGCCCACCGCCAAGCCCCCUUUUCUGUUUUGUUGUACUGUAGGCGGUGGUCGUGGGAGCAGCGUCUGGCCGGACAGCGCACGGCUUCCCCUGUUGAACUGCCAGCCCACCGAUGCUGCCUGUCCGGCUGUGGCCGGCGGCUUCCUCUCUUCCCUCCGCCGCUGACGUCUCUUCUCUUGAAUUUGCUCGUCUCAAGGCAAACACACAGCCGCGAAUAA